GUCACGCUGCUAUUAUCUUUCUCUGCCAAAAGGAAGGGGCAUAGUGGGCCCCGCACCAUCACAAACCUCCGCGGCCCACAAUCAGACGGUCACGAUCACAUCUCACAUUUGGCGGGAAUUAUUCAAUUCCGCCAAAACCCCAUAGAGGGAAAUUCCCCAAACCCUAAUUUCCAAAUUUCAAAACACUCUCCCACCCUCUCCCCAUUUAUCUCUUCCUGUGCAUCUAUAUAAUCUCUCGGUUGCGCCCAACCUGUUCGACGAAACUCCUAGCCGAGAAGGAGGCAAAAUCGAUCAUUUGUUCGAAGAUGUAUGUGGUGAAGAGAGAUGGGCGUCAGGAGUCCGUGCACUUCGACAAGAUCACGGCGCGCCUCAAGAAGCUGAGCUACGGGCUGAGCAUCGAGCACUGCGACCCUGUGCUUGUGGCUCAGAAGGUGUGCGCUGGAGUUUACAAGGGCGUCACCACUAGCCAACUUGAUGAAUUGGCCGCUGAAACUGCUGCUGCCUUGACUGCAAAUCACCCCGAUUACGCCUCCUUGGCUGCAAGAAUUGUUGUCUCGAAUCUGCACAAGAACACUAAGAAGUCAUUUUCAGAAACGAUAAAAGAAAUGUAUAACCAUUAUAAUGAGAGAUCUAAGAUGAAGGCUCCCCUGGUUGCUGAUGAUGUAUAUGAAAUAAUUAUGAAGAAUGCUGCUAGAUUGGACAGUGAGAUUAUAUAUGACCGGGACUUUGACUAUGAUUACUUUGGUUUCAAAACCCUUGAGAGGUCCUAUCUUUUGAAGAUGCAAGGGAAGGUUGUAGAGAGACCACAGCACAUGCUGAUGAGGGUUGCUGUUGGAAUUCACAAGAAUGAUAUUGAUUCUGCUUUGAAGACCUAUCAUUUGAUGUCUCAGCGAUGGUUCACUCAUGCUUCUCCCACACUUUUUAAUGCAGGAACACCAAGGCCCCAAUUGAGUAGUUGCUUUCUCUUGUGCAUGAAAGAUGAUAGCAUUGAAGGGAUAUUUGAAACUUUGAUGGAGUGUGCUGUUAUCAGCAAAUCAGCAGGUGGAAUUGGUUUUUCUGCUCAUAACAUCCGUGCCACAGGCAGUUAUAUACGGGGAACAAAUGGGACAUCUAAUGGCAUAGUCCCAAUGCUGCGGGUGUUCAAUGAUGCUGCACGUUAUGUUGAUCAAGGUGGAGGCAAGAGGAAGGGUGCUUUUGCUGUGUACUUGGAGCCAUGGCAUGCUGAUAUAUUCGAGUUCCUAGACCUUAAAAAAAACCAUGGAAAGGAAGAAAAUCGGGCUAGAGAUCUAUUUUAUGCCCUUUGGGUACCUGAUCUCUUUAUGGAGAGAGUCCAAAGUAAUGGGCAGUGGUCCUUGUUUUGUCCUAAUGAGGCACAGGGAUUAGCUGACUGUUGGGGUGAAGAAUUUGAGAAUUUGUACAUGCAAUAUGAAAGAGAGGGUAAGGCAACGAAGGUUGUCCAGGCACAAAACCUCUGGUUUGAAAUUUUGAAAUCCCAAAUAGAAACUGGGACCCCUUACAUGCUGUUUAAGGAUACUUGCAAUAGAAAAAGUAACCAGCAGAAUUUGGGUACCAUUAAAUCUUCUAACUUGUGUACUGAAAUAAUUGAAUAUACCAGCCCAACAGAAACUGCUGUGUGCAACCUGGCAUCCAUUGCUCUACCUCGAUUUGUUAGAGAAAAGGGGGUUCCAAUGGAGUCACAUCCAUCCAAGCUUGUUGGAAGCCGGGGUUCUAAGAAUAGAUACUUUGAUUUUGACAAACUUGCUGAGGUUACUGCAAUAGUUACCUCAAAUCUUAACAAAAUAAUUGAUGUCAAUUACUACCCUGUUGAAACUGCAAGAAGGUCAAAUUUAAGACAUAGACCAAUUGGCAUAGGAGUCCAGGGUCUUGCAGAUACCUUCAUUUUGCUUGGCAUGGCAUUUGAUUCAGCAGAGGCUCAACAGCUAAACAAAGACAUAUUUGAGACUAUAUAUUAUCAUGCUCUGAAAGCUUCUUCUGAGUUAGCUGUAAAAGAAGGACUCUAUGAGACAUAUAGUGGAAGUCCUGUCAGCAAGGGAGUUCUUCAACCUGACAUGUGGGGAGUAACACCUUCAAAUCGGUGGGAUUGGGAUGCUCUAAGGGAAAUGAUAGGCAGGAAUGGAGUAAGAAAUUCGCUUCUUGUAGCACCAAUGCCCACUGCUUCAACCAGCCAGAUUCUUGGAAAUAAUGAGUGCUUUGAACCAUAUACUUCCAAUAUUUACAGUCGCAGGGUUCUAAGUGGUGAAUUUGUUGUAGUGAACAAACAUCUUCUCCAUGACUUAACUGAGAUGGGUCUUUGGUCUCCUGUAAUUAAGAACAAGAUAAUCUAUGAGAAUGGUUCAGUGCAGAAGAUCCCUGAGAUUCCUGAUGAACUGAAAGGCAUUUAUAAGACUGUUUGGGAGAUUAAGCAAAAGACUAUUGUUGACAUGGCUGCUGAUCGUGGAUGUUUCAUAGACCAAAGUCAGAGCCUGAACAUACACAUGGACCAACCCAAUUUUGGAAAGCUUACUUCCUUGCAUUUCUAUGCAUGGUCCAAGGGUCUGAAAACGGGGAUGUACUAUCUGCGGUCACGUGCUGCAGCUGAUGCAAUCAAAUUCACAGUUGAUACUUCCUUGAUCAAAGAAGAAAUCAAUGUGGAGGAUGACAAUACCAAAAUGGCACAAAUGGUAUGUUCUUUAACAAACCGUGAAGAAUGUAUGGCAUGUGGCAGUUAAAGAAGGCUGUAUGUCACCCAAAGGUGAUUGGCAUUCCUUCUGCAUGUGCAGAUGGCAAAAGAAAGUCGGGUUUGAAAAGGAUAUCUUUGGAAGGGUGAUGGUGGCUUUCGAAAGGUCUUAUAAAAUGUCUAUUGUAAAGGUUAAUCAACUUUUUGAGGUUUUGUAUAGCUUUAAAUUUGUGCUAUCCUACAAACUACUACAUAUUUAUAUUCCAUCAAAUGGUUUCACUAAUAGUAAUUUAUAUUUGCCAGUUUGGCUAAUUCUGGGUUUUUGGAUCUGAUUGAUGUCCAUUGGGUUUAUUAUUGUAAUGUAAUGACAAGCUGUUGACUUUUAUGUGCA